AAGUGUGAACUGGAUAGUGGCCAAAGCAGAUGCCCUGAUGUCCCAAAGUUAAGGAAAAUGACAAUGACAAUAAACAGUUCAGCAGAUAAAGUAUGUUAACAUUUGUGUGCAGUGCUUUAUUAUCUAUUUUCCUCUAAACAUGCACAAAUGGUGUUCCAAAACUAUAAUUGUGUUUUUAGAUGAGAAAGCGACCGAUGUAAAUCUUAGGAGUUGUAUUAUUCUGCAUCACAGAAAGAGGCUUUGAUUGGAUGAAUGAAAAGGAGGAGGAGCAGGGAGAACACCAUAUAACAGUUUGACGCGUUUCAGUAUUGCUCCAAAAUAAGCUGCCAUUGCUCUUCAUCCGUUUCUUCUUCUCUUUGGCAAUGGAGAUGCUGGAAUCUGAAUUCUGCAUUCAAGACUUCAACAACUCCUGCAAGAGGCCAUCACAACCGUACAGUGAAGCCAUGAUAAUCUAUACCGUGCUGUCCUCCAUUUCCUUGGUCACUGUGGUACUUAACCUGCUGGUCAUCAUCUCCAUCUCACACUUUCGGCAGCUCCACACUCCCACCAACCUUCUUAUGUUCUCUCUGGCUGUCGCCGACCUCCUUGUGGGUUUAUUGUUGAUGCCCGUGGAAAUCAUCUAUGUGGAAGCCUGCUGGCUUCUUGGUGACAUUCUUUGCAUUUUAUACUAUAUUGUUGACUACAUCAUAACCUCCUCCUCAGUAGCCAGCAUGGUCUUCAUAUCAAUUGACCGUUACAUAGCCAUUUGUGACCCUUUGCAUUACAGCACCAAAGUAACUAAGAGAAGAGCAAAAAUUCUUGUGUGUCUCUCCUGGGUUUGUUCCUUCUUAUACAGAGUUCUACUUUUAGCUGAUCAUCUGACACAUCCAGGAAUGUCUAACUCCUGCACAGGGGAGUGUGUCGUUGUCAUCAACUAUGUUGCAGGUCUGGUAGACCUUGUUUUCACCUUUAUCAUCCCCAUAACCAUCAUCGUUAUAUUGUAUUUGAGAGUGUUCAUGGUGGCUUUCUCCCAUGCCCGAGCCAUACGCGCUCACAUUGCAGCUUUUACAUUACAGGGCUCAGGUGCUGUGACUGUGAAAAAAACUGAAAUAAAAGCCGCCUGGACUCUGGGCAUGGUUGUCAUUGUGUUUUUGAUCUGCUUUUGUCCCUACUACUACCCGGUUCUUGUCGGUGAGGAAACAUCAGUCGAUGCCUCGUCUGCAGCAGUUGAGAUCUGGCUGGCACAUUUUAACUCAUGUUUAAACCCUAUCAUUUAUGCCUUUUUUUAUCCAUGGUUUAGAAGCUGCAUUAAACACAUCGUGACCCUUCAAAUACUGAAGCCAGGCUCCAGGGACACGAGAGUGCUGUGACGAUGCACAAAGAAAGACUGGAAUGUUAUGAAUCAAAAACUUCCACUCUAAAUGCAAACAUGAUAUUAUAAUGUACAUGUGUACAAAACCAUAUAGUUGUAUAUUAAGAUGUUUUACUCUGACCUAUACUGCUCUGUAUUUGCCUAUGACACGUAGGAUUGGAUUUUAUGUGCGUAAAAUGACAUGGUCUUGUAGAUUGCUGUAGGUAUGCUUUUCUACCAACAAUAACAUUUUGAAAAACUGCACACUAGAGGUUGUCCCCAGUCUUUUCUAAUUCUUUAUAAUGACUGAGUGCAGUUAACUCAGUCAUAUUUCAUUCACUAGAGUUCAAUUUACACCAUCAUUUACAGGGCACAGAUUACUAUAAGGAUUUCUGAAAACUUCUUUCUUGUCCACCUCUCCAUGUUUUUCACCAUAUUAUCUUCUAUUGAGCUGCAGAAAUAUCACACUGAAAUCAAAAUCUACUCCAA